AUGAAGAGGAGAAGGAGAAGGGAAGAGGAGGGAAAGAGGGAGGGAAGAGGAGGGCAGAGGAGGGCAGAGGAGGGGAGAGGGAGGGACGAGGGGAAGAGGAGGGAAGAGGAGGGGAAGAGGAGGGAAGAGGAGGGAAGCGAGGGAAGCGGAGGGAAGAGGAUGGAAGAGGAGGGAAAGAGGAGGGAAGAGGAGGGAAGAGGCGGGACGAGGAGGGAAGAUGGGAUCGCGGGUAAGAGAGAAGGGAAGAAGGAAGAGAAGAGAGAAGAGAGAAAAGAGAGAGAAGGAAGAGAAAAGAAAGAGAAAAGAGAAGAGAAGAAAAAACGAGAAGAGAGAGAAGAGAAGAGAAAAGAGAAGAGAAAGAGAGAAGAGAAGAAAGAGAAGAGAAGAGAGAGAAGAGAAAAGAGAAGAGAAGAGAAGAGAAGAGAAGAGAAGAGAAAAGAGAAAAAGAGAGAGAAGAGAAGAGAAGAGAGGAGAAAGGAGAAGAGAGGAGAGGAGAGAGAGGAAAAGAGGGAGGAAGAGGAGAAUUAA